AUGGACACAGAGUGUACCUAUGAUUACCUGUUUGUGUAUGACGGCGACUCCUACCAGAGCCCUCUCCUUGCCAGUCUAAGUGGCAACACCCUGCCUCAACCUAUUGAAGCCAAGUCUGGCAAGAUGCUACUUCAUCUCUUCAGUGACGCUAAUUACAACCUCCUGGGCUUCAAUGCAACGUACACAUUCUCUUUGUGCCCUGGAGCCUGUGGUGGCCAUGGACGCUGUGAUUCCUCUACAUUAAAGUGCCACUGCCAUCAGGGUUGGGGAGGAGCAGCUUGUACGACCCCUCUGUGCUCUCAGACUUGUUCUGUAAAUGGCCAGUGUGACAAGAAAGGAGAGCGCUGCCAGUGUAACCCCGGCUUUAUGGGUCACAGCUGUCAGCUUGGUUUACAUGACGACAGUGGGGCAGGGCAGUGGUGGCGCGUGAGCGAGGAAAACCCCUACACGCCUCCCAGGACGGGUUCUGCUGGCGUGUACCUGUCCUCCACUAGAGCCAUGUACUUGUUUGGCGAGUUUCCUCAAGUACAAUGA